ACUGCAGACGCUAGUUUUUCACCAAAGAAAAAAACAAAACAAGUGGGUCCAUCCUCCACUCCAGCUUUCGUGUCAUUUCCUUUCUCUCUCUUUCCUUUACUUUUCCUUCAGGCAUCCAUAUCCAAAACCCCCUCCUUUUGUCCCUUCUCUUCAUCAAUUUCCCCUUAGUUUCUGCUUUUUUCUUUAAAACAAUAAAGAUCCCUUAGUUCCUUCUUUUCUUUCUUCGGCUUUUCCUCCAACAGGAGUUAUGAUUCGGCUGUUUAAAGUAAAGGAAAAGCAGAGAGAACUUGCUGAAAAUGCAAAUGGGGGAGCUCCUACUAAAAAGCAAAGUCCAGGAGAGUUGCGUUUGCACAAAGAUAUUUCUGAGCUUAACCUACCCAAAUCUUGUGCUAUAACAUUUCCAAAUGGAAAGGAUAACCUGAUGAAUUUUGAGGUUUCAAUUCGACCCGAUGAAGGAUAUUAUUUCGGUGGCACAUUUUUAUUCUCCUUUCAAGUUUCUCCCGUCUAUCCACAUGAGGCACCCAAAGUUAAGUGCAAGACCAAGGUCUACCAUCCAAAUAUUGAUUUGGAAGGAAAUGUUUGCCUUAACAUCUUACGUGAAGAUUGGAAACCGGUGCUCAAUAUAAACACUAUAAUCUAUGGUUUAUAUCAUCUUUUCACGGAACCGAAUUAUGAGGAUCCCCUCAAUCAUGAAGCUGCUGUAGUGUUGAGGGAUAAUCCAAAGAUGUUUGAAUCCAAUGUGAGGAGGGCUAUGUCUGGCGGGUAUGUUGGGCAAACCUUUUUCCCACGGUGUGUCUAGCUUUAGCAAGGUCGCUGAAUGCGCAAAUGCACACGUCAUAAACACUUGAGCUUCUGUGGGUUGUAUAAUUUACCUGCAAAUUGCCCUCUAUUGUCUGCUUUGAUUUUCUCACUUUUCCUGCAAGACCAACCAGAUAAAAAUUCCAUCAAUGUUUCACUCUAGCUUUUCCCAAA